ACGUGUGCCGGGGGCUCGGAGCCGCAUUGAACGUGGACCGGAGGACGGUCUAUCGAGCUGGCAGCGGGGGAUCGUAAGGAGAGUCGGGGGAGCCGGACCAGGGCACCGCCACUGGGGUGCACUUCUUUAUAAGAUCCAACUGGUCUCGCUCUCUCUUACGGAUGGUAAACCGGGAAACCUGCCUCGUCAAGACCAGACACUGACGGAGGAGCCAUGGACAGUCAAAGCAGCCGCUGCAAGAUCGUGGUGGUGGGAGACACGCAAUGUGGCAAAACGGCGCUGCUGCACGUCUUCGCUAAGGACUGCUACCCGGAGCACUACGUUCCCACGGUGUUUGAGAACUACACGGCCAGCUUCGAGAUCGACAAGCAGAGGAUUGAGCUGAACAUGUGGGACACGUCAGGUUCCUCGUACUAUGACAACGUGCGGCCCCUCGCCUACCCGGACUCGGACGCUGUGCUCAUCUGCUUUGACAUCAGCCGGCCCGAGACGCUGGACAGCGUGCUGAAGAAGUGGCAGGGCGAGACGCAAGAGUUCUGCCCCAAUGCCAAGGUGGUGCUGGUGGGCUGCAAGCUGGACAUGCGGACGGAUGUGAACACACUGCGGGAGCUGUCCAAGCAGAGGCUCAUUCCUGUCACCCACGAGCAGGGCAGCGCACUGGCCAGGCAGAUGGGCGCAGUGGCGUACGCAGAGUGCACCUCCAAGGCGUCAGAAAACAGCGUACGGGACGUCUUCCACAUCACCACGUUGGCGUCGGUGGGGCGCAUCCACAAAGCGCAGCUGAACCGCAGCGGCUCACGCCGUGGCUUGAAGCACGCCUCGCAGGUGCCCGGCCGGACCGAGCACGCAGAAGGCACCCCGGGGAUGAGGAAGGACCGCGCCAAGAGCUGCCUGCUCAUGUAGAGCGCCCCCUUCAGGGAAAAAAUAUAUAUAGACAGAUAUAUGACAAAUGAACUCUAUUUAUUGUUGUUCUGUUCGGGGUGCUGAGCUGUCAGAUGCUUUUGGGUUUAGUUUGCACAGUUUAUUUUUUCUUCUUUGUCGUUUACAUUUUGUCUGAUGGGAUGAACUGGAGGUUUUGGAGAAAGUUCCUGGGAGGACCAGGAGAGCAAGAUGGGGUGCUGGCAUACUCCUCCCACUGGGGUGCCUCGGCUAGUCGCGAGAAAAUGAGGAGCAGCAGAGAAUAUGCCGGGAAGGCCGAAUGCAACGAGUCAGAGGAGUCACAAGGGGGCGCUGGCGGCGGCCCAGGUGUCCGUGCCUAAUGCUGAGGGAGUUUCAAUAGUUUCAGAAAACAAUUGAGGAAAAAAAUACGUAUAAUUACAGCAGAAACAUCAAAAACACGUUCAGAUUCAACUUGUGAAUUUUAAGAAAACGUGUUUAGUUGACAUAAAAGGACUGCUAGUUUUGUAAGGGGGGGGGGGGUUGAAAUUCGAUCCAAGACAAUUUGUUGCUGAUUCUCGAAACCACAAGUGCUUUCAAGAUAAAGUCACUUUAUUCGUCUUCUUAUAAUUUCACUGUUUCUUCUCUUCUUUUUGUGUUUGACAUCACAAUAAUUAAAUAGCUAAAACAAUCAUUUGUUACUGUUUCAAAGAACUUAUAUCAGACAGAUACUAUAAAAGCAAAUGAUAGGGCUGUUUUUCAGUAUUUUCACUGUAUCUGUGUGAUGCUAAAAAUAAACUUUGCUCUGCCA